AUGCAUAAAAUUCCAGAAAGGACUACAAUUCCCAUAGUGCUCCGUGCCUUCCCAGUACAGGUCUGCUCCGGGUCAGAAGAGUCCAGCUGCACGGGUUCCCCGCUGGCACGGAAGAGACGUCCACGGAGCCUGCGGGCGAGGAAAGCGAGGGCCAUAGCCAUGCUACGCAGCCUGGCCCGCGCCGCGGUCCCGGGGCUCAGGGUGCCCUGGGCUCAGUGGUCUAGGAAUUGGGCGGGGGUCCCAGCCCACGUGGUGGACCUGCGCAGCGACACAGUGACUCGGCCAGGGCCGGCCAUGAGGCGCGCCAUGGCCGAAGCGGUUGUAGGAGACGAUGAUUAUGGCGAAGACCCUACGGUUCACGAACUGCAGGAAAAGGCUGCAAAAGUGCUUGGGGUGGAGAGGACUCUGUUUGUGCCCACCAACACCAUGGCCAACCUCAUCUCUGUGAUGGGUCACUGCCGGCGCCGGGGUUCCCAGGUCCUCCUUGGGCAGGAGUGCCACCUCCACGUCUAUGAGCAGGGCGGGGUGGCUCAGAUCGCUGGGGUACAUUCCCACCCACUCCCAGACCUCCCUCACGGCACCUUGGACCUGAAUGAGCUAGAAAGGGCGCUCGCCCGAGGCUUUGGGAGCUCCUACCAUCCAGUCUGCGAGCUUGUGUGCCUGGAGAACACGCACAGCAGUGCGGGAGGCCGGGUGCUCCCCAUCGACUACCUCCGCCAGGUGCGUCUCCUGGCACAUGCCCACGGGGCGAGGGUCCACCUGGAUGGCGCUCGGUUGAUGAAUGCAGCCGUGGCUCUGCGUGUGCCCCCCGCACGCCUCGUAGAGCACUGUGACUCCGUAUCCUUCUGUUUCUCUAAGGGCCUCGGUGCACCAGUGGGGGCUCUGGUCGGGGGACCCAAGGACUUCAUUGAAGAAGCAUGGCGCCUCCGCAAGGCCCUGGGUGGAGGCAUGCGCCAGGCAGGAGUGCUGGCUGCGGCUGCCCUGGUGGGACUGGCUGAGGCAGAGGAGGUGCUGCUGAGGGACCAUGAGAAUGCCCAGAGAUUUGCUAGAGGACUCCAAGACCUGGCGUCACCCAUUUGCUCUGUGGAUCCUGCCACUGUGGAGACCAACAUGGUGCUGGUGCGGGUGGCUGGGCUGCCUCCCUCAGAGCUGUGCCAGCGUCUACAGGCUGUGAGUGCCGAGGAGGUGGCUCAGACCGGCCAUGCCGUGCGCGUGCUGCUGUUUCCCUGGACAGAACAGUCUGUGAGGGCCGUGUGGCACCGAGACGUGUCUGCCCAGGAUACGGAACUGGCACUGAAGAAGUGGGAGUUUGUGCUGAGACAGCUGAGGCCCUGAGGCCAGGGGAUCAGGGACCCGGUGCUACGUUUGAAGUGGGCAGUGACAGGCCUCAAGCUGUAAGCCUGAUGAAGGAAGGCUCCUCCUCUUUGGAGGCUGAUGACAUCACUCAGCCUCUGGUUUGCUCCAGUGACUCUCCGGUGCUGGCCUCAUGCAGUCAGGAAUAACCAGGCAGAGCUAUAACCAGGCAGAGCUAGGACUGAAUACCCAGAGGAGGAAGUGGAUAAAGGAGACAGGUCCUGGGGCUGGGCGGUAUGGCAUGGCUGCCUAGUGUGCAUAAGCCCUGGGCUCAACCCCCAGCACUGUGGGUUCCAUCCCCAGCAGGUGUGUUGGAAUCCUAGUGUGCCUGGGGAUUAGACAGUCAAGGCCAUUCUCAGCUACACAGUUUGGUGCAAGCCUGGGCUACACGGGACCCUGCCUUCAAGCAAACAGCUCCUUAGAGAUUGACACGGUGGAGUUAUUAGAGGUGGAUUACAAAAUAAAAUAUUGAAGGCACUGUA